CCCGCAAGGAGAUCGCCAUCACUCACCCGCACGGCCGCACGCCCAAACCGAAUUCGCCGGGCGCCAGCCACCCCGUUCCCACCUCCCCUCUCCCCGUGGCCACGUCAGCACCUCCAUCCCUCCGUCCGCCGCUAUAUCUUCCCGCCGAUCCCUUCCCCCCUCACCCUUCUUCCCUCCCCGCCUUUCACAGUUUCACUCCCCUCCCCUCACCUCUCCUCUGCCUUCCACAGUUCCACACCCACCACCCUUCGUCUCACAAGUCACAACGCGCGCGCUAGUCCCGCCGCUACCAAGCUCUUCGGUUCCAUGCACCACCUCUAGUAGAGAGAGGCUGACAUCGAGCGAGCACCUGUCCUUGAGCUCUGCUUGCAGCAGCUGUGUGUGUAUUAGAAGUUCAGAGCGCGAGCUUGUGCGUGUUGUUACAGACGGAGUAGCUGUCCGUCUUGCUGGUAUGGAGAGGUGGGGGGCCAAGGGUGUAGCGCCGGCGACGGGAAGGACGAGGCGGUACGCUGACCAGCCGUCCUUCUCGUCCACGCUGCUCGACGCCAUAUACAAGUCCAUGGACGAGCCGGACGGCGGGGCGAAGGCAGUGACGGCUGCCACUGCCCAGGAGACCAAGAAGCGGGACGAAGCGCUGCACUAUAGUUACUACUACAGGGCGUCGCUGGCGGGGAGUUACCGUGCAAGGGCGCCGGCGACGGCGCCAGGGCCGCACGCCACCACGUCGAGCUCCUCCGAGUGCUCCAGUUACGGCGGGUUCUCCUCGUCCGAGGCGGAGUCCUCACAGCACCGCCGCCUGCGCCCCAUCCGAACGAGCGGCUUCUCCGGCGGGGCGCCGGCGCCGGAGAAGAAGGCUACCAAGAAGCCGGGCGCCAACAUCCGCGCAAAGCUCAGGGACCUCCGCAAGCCGGCCUCCCCUGGCGCUCGGCUCGCCGGCUUCCUCAACUCCAUCUUCAACGGCAAGCGCGCGCCCUCGGCGUCGCGGGCGGCGGGGGAGUCGGCCUGCUCGACGGCGUCCUCGUACUCGCGCUCCUGCCUGAGCAAGACGCCGUCGACGCGGGGGCAGCCGAAGCGGACCGUGCGGUUCUUGGAUAGCGACAGCGAGGCGCCGGCCGCGGUGCCAGCAGACAUGGAGCGCCGGAGGGUACAGGUGGGGGUGGUGGAGUUGGAGCAGAUGCUGCUCCACCGGAUGGAGAUGGACAGCGACGAGGACGAUGAGAGCAGCGACGCGAGCUCCGACCUCUUCGAGCUCGAAAACUUGGCGGCCGUUGCUCCGGGUGCCGGGGGAGCCGGCGCGUACAGGGACGAGCUGCCGGUGUACGAGACGACGAGGGUAGUGCUGAACCGUGCCGUUGGCCACGGACACGGACACGGACACGGACACGGGUACGCGCACGGGCGGAGUACCAGAGUCGUGUGAUUUUGCUGGAUUCGGGAGCGGGUAACUGUAACUGUAAAAUGGCGUAGUAACUGUAAAAUGCAAUUGGUUUGGGAGGGAAAUGGGAAUUGGGGCAACAAGUGUUUGCUAUUUCCGAUCUACUAAUCUUUGGGGGUUUUUCUUGUAGUUCUUUUCCUUUUUCUUUCUCGAUGAUGCUGUGUGAUUAGUUCUAAUUUUAGUAGCUACUUAUUCAGCAAAUGCCAUGCUCUUUUGGAUUUUUCCCUCUA